UCAUCGACAGCUGCUUACUAAACUUCAUUCAUUCAUCAGUGACUUGACAUUUGUUUAUCAAUCAAUAGGUACGCAAUAAGUUACAAGUGAAAAUUGUUGGGUAGUUGUUUAUUCUUUUACGUGUUUAAAUCGAGUCAGACAAAACGGAUUAAAUUUAGGUGAUCUUUGUGCCGCAAAAGGCAACCAUGGCGAACGCGUUAGGUGUUUGUCUUCUCUCCAUCGCUCUCUUUUGUUGUACAAAUUUGUCGUUAGCUCGACAAGUACCAAAAGAAUGCUCAAAAGGACCUGUUUAUUGGUGCCAGAAUCUCAAACAGGGGGCCGACUGCGGGGCCGUGGGCCAUUGCAUCGGGACCGUCUGGGAGUCGCAGAACUAUGACGUCACCAGCAACGAGGUGUCCGACAAGUUUGUCAGGCUGUUCCGACAGCUGAAGGACGUGAAGGACCUUAUUAAUGAGGAAUACUUGAGCGGUCGCGUCGCGUCAGCGUGCCACGAUGUGCCCUACAAGGCCAUGGCUAGCGCCUGCAAGGAGAACACGGCUGGACUCCACAAGUACUUAUACCAUGUACUGCUGUCAGGCACCUCUCCUGAGGGCAUGUGCCAGAUCAUCGGCAUGUGUAACAACGAGAAACUGGACCACCUCAUCAAUAACAACAAAAAGAAGGCAGAACCUAAGAAACAGGCCAAUCAGAAAAUUCCCUUGGUCGGCGCUUCCCGCUGCACAUGGGGACCCUCUUACUGGUGCAACAACUUUAGUACGGGUCACGAAUGCCACGCCACAAAGCACUGCGUGGAGCGCGUGUGGCCCAAGAUUCAAUUCCCGGAGGACAACGACAGCGUCUGCAAAAUCUGUACCGACAUGGUGAAGCAGGCCCGCGACCAGCUCGAAAGCAACCAGACUCAGAACGACCUGAAGGAUGUAUUCGAAGGCUCCUGCAAGCUGAUGCCGAUCAAGAUCGUAGCCAAGGAAUGCAUGAAGCUGGCCGACGACUUUGUGCCCGAACUGGUGGAGACCCUCGCUUCGGAAAUGAACCCUCAAGCUGUCUGCUCGGUUGCUGGACUGUGCAACAGCGCUAGGAUUGACAAGCUGUUGGAGGAGCAAGCAAAAGAAGUAGCACCAAAGAAGCAAACCAAACUGCUUGGAGGCAUCAAAUGCACACAGGGCCCAGCGUAUUGGUGCAGCAAUUUCGCAACGGGUCGCGAAUGCAGCGCUACCAAGUUCUGCGCGGGCACCGUGUGGUCCACCACCAAGUAUCCUCAAGACAACGACAACAUCUGCAAGAUUUGUACCGACAUGGUGACGCAAGCACGCGACCAGCUCGAAAGCAACGAGACUCAGGAGGAACUCAAGGAGGUCUUCGAAGGCUCCUGCAAGCUGAUCCCCAUCAAGAUCGUGGCCAAGGAAUGCAUGAAGAUGGCAGAUGACUUUGUGCCUGAACUAGUGGAGACCCUCGCUUCGCAGAUGAACCCGCAAGCCGUGUGCUCGGUCGCUGGGCUAUGUAACAGCGCUAGGAUCGAUCAACUCCUGGAAGCUUAUAACACUCAGCUGACCAAAGUCGUAAACUGCAACAACUGCCGGCAGACGGUCGCUGUAGCGAGGAGACGGUUCGAAGCGACCUCCUACGAAGAUUUCCUCCUUAGCUUGCUUCAGGUGUGCCGCAACAUGGAUUCUCUCUCGGACUCGUGUUCCAUGCUGAUAUUCCAAUACUACGAGAACAUUCUAGAAGCCGUGAAGAAGGACUUGACCCCUGAGAGCGUGUGCCAUGUCAGCGGACAGUGCACUUACAGGUUCCACACACACGACCAGUUCACCUUCCCGGAGUUCGAGCCUCAGCCUACUGAUGAUGUCCCCUGCGAGUUCUGCGAGCAACUUGUGAAGCACAUGCGCGACACACUGGUUGCCAACACCACUGAACUUGAAUUCUACAAGGUGCUUAAAGGUCUCUGCAAACAAACCGGCAACUUCAAGACGGAAUGCCUUCACCUCGCCGAGCAAUACUACCCGAUUGUCUACCACUACCUGGUCUCCGACCUUCAGCCCAACAAGGUCUGCCAACUCAUGGGCAUGUGCGGCAAGAAACUUGACACGCCAAUCGCGCCCUUGUUGCCUAAGGAACUGGUCAUCAAAUCGGUUGCGACGUCGCCCAAACUCAUCGGUACUGACGAAGCUAACAGCUACAAGGUGAACACCAAGCAAGAGAACGUCCGCAUAAUGGACACGGAAGACCUGCCGCCGCUGACACUGGACCGCAUGUUCGUGAGGAUGCCUCAGAGCAAGGCCGGCUGCUCCUUCUGCCAGUACUUCCUGCACUAUCUGCAGGUGGAGCUCAGCGACUCUAGGACUGAGGAUGAGAUCAAGGAAGCAGUGAACAAGGCGUGCGACCGCUUGCCAAAGUCCAUCGAUGGGGAAUGCCGCACCUUCGUCACCAACUACGGACCCGCCGUCAUCGCUCUGCUGGUGCAAGAGAUUGACCCGGCCAGUGUAUGCCCAGCGCUGGGCCUGUGCGAACAGACUCAAGAAGUGAGGAAAGUGUCCAUCAACUUUGAGAAGUCCAACUGCCCGCUGUGCCUGUUCGCUGUCGAACAACUCGAGACCAUGCUGAAGAACAAUCGCACUGAGGAGAACAUCCGCCACGCUCUAGACAACCUUUGCGACCACCUGUCGACCAAACUUCAGACUGAGUGCGUGGACUUCGUGGAUGCCUACACCAACCAACUGGUGGAAAUGCUGGUCGCUAAUAUGGACGCUCAAGAAGUCUGCGUCUACCUUAAGCUGUGCACGGACACGUCGAUUAAAACCGAUCCACUAAAGAUCACCCACUCGAGCAUCGACAAAUUCCACGACAUUCCGCAACUGAAUGCCGACAGGAACAACAGGAAGAAGUCUAUGCUACCCGCACACAUGCUCGUGAAUGGCGAUAUCGAAACGAACGAAAUUCCCGACGACACCGUGAACGGUCGGCCCAUCAACAAGGUGUCGCAGAAGACCGUGUGUGUCGUCUGCGAGUUCGUCAUGAAGGAAAUCGACGAGCAAAUCAAGGAUAAACACAACGAGGAUGAAAUCAAGAAGAUAGUCCACGGCGUGUGCCGCCACAUGCCCAAGUCGGUCCGCGCCGAGUGCGACCAGUUCGUGGAGAAAUACGCCGACCUCGUCAUCAGCCUGCUGGCCCAGGAGCUCGAACCCGACCAGGUGUGCCAGCAGCUCAAGCUCUGCGACCCGCAGAUCAUAGCACUGGAUGGAAUCAGAGCAGAAGAGAUCCUGGACUGCGCCGUAUGCGAGACGGUGGUGUUGGCCGUCAAGAAAGUGCUCAACAACGAUAAAGUGGACCGCAACAUCGUGCACAUCGUCGAGAAGUCCUGCGCCCUGCUGCCCGCCAAGUACUACGACAGGUGCCACACCAUGAUGGAGAUAUACGGAGACAGCGUGAUCCACCUGAUUGAAACCAUGGGCGUCAAGGGUGUGUGCCAAAAGAUCGGGCUCUGCAGCGCUUCGGAGGCCUUCGUCGUCGAUAUGCAUAAGGGCAACCAUUGAUGGGAUAAGCAGGUCGAACAAUCUUCGUAAGAUUGUAGCCGCAUUAGUAAUCUCCAUUUUAAUAUUAUUAUGUAAGUCAUGAUUUUUUUACCAAAACCAUGUAGAAUUAAGUUUGGUUUGUUUCAAGAGAAGUAUUGUGACUUUUUCUUUCAUGUACUUUCUUUUUCGUAUUUUCCUUAUUUUACGCUAAGUAUUUUUUUAUUAAUCGUGGAUUUAUUGGAGACUAAAAUUCAAUUAGCCCCUAUUUUUGUAAAAUGUGUGUAAAUUUUGUAAUCCAAAAGUGUACUUAUGUUUUAUGCGUACAAUAAUAGCUUCAUCAAGUUAAAAUAAUAUCAUCUUAACGUAAAGUUGGCUCAUAAUACAUUAUAAUGUCAUAUCGUAAUAAUGUGAAUAACCACAGAUUAUAGCUAAUAAUAUU